AUGGUGAACAGAAAGAGACCCCGUUCCCCAGAGGACGAUCCCUCUGGGGAUGACCCAGCCGAGCUCAUCGAUGAUGGAAACCUGUCCCUUGAACAGCAAGUUGAUGUUGACCAGCUUCCCGUGUCGCCUUACACCAAUCGCAAGUUUCAUGGCUACUACCACGCUAUCAUGGAUGCCAUCAAGAACGCUGGUGGAGUUGCAAGCUCUACUGCGAUCAACAAGUUCUUGCAGGCCAACUAUCCCAGCCACACGCGCAACAUCAGCCAGCGAGUAGCAUGGGGCCGAGCCUUAAAAGCGCUGAAGGACCCCGAAGGACCCUUUUUGCUCACCAAGAAAGGAACGUACCGCUGGCAGAUCCGUCCGACACUGGGUGAAACGCGGGUGUUGCAAAUUGUUGCCGACUCUGACCUGCAUAAAAUCACUCCCACCGAGUUCUACGCCAAGCUCGUCCGGAUGUGCAAGCAGAGAGUCUCUAUGGACUACGAAGGCGCCAGCCGCCGCGAAAUGCUCAGCUACAUCCGCGCGCAAUGGCCUACUGUCGGUCGCGUUGCAAAGCGCUGGAAGAGAAGGCUGAACCCGAUGAUAUCCGCGGCGAACGGCUUCGUCAAGUACACGAAACCGGACGGCACGGUGAAGUGGCUCGUCACCGUCAAGGAGGAACCUGAUUCUGAUGACGAGUUCGAGCUGUUCAGGCAGACUUUUCUCAUGAAUACGGCGGGAGAAGAAGCCACUGAGCCCGGACCUGAGAUCCUUAACCAAACUCCCUUUGCUAAGACAGAGGAGGACGAUGAUGAUGAUGAUUUUAUCACUGAGCCCCAGGCCGACACCUUCAACCUGCCUUCGUCCGUGAAGAUUGAGGACGAUGACGACGACGACUUCGAGGGUUUUGAUAUACCCCUCCCUUCAAUCGAGCAGGAAUUCGACGACGCCAUGAACACUCACCAAGCUCGUGUCGACUCUUAUCAGCCGUCGUCCGGCUUCAAUACCAUGGAGGCUAAUCAGUCUCACGUCGCUGACGCUGGCUAUCACCAUAUGUUUUCGAGCCUCAAUGCUUUGGACGGCUACCCGCGUCCUAUCGGCGACGGCUACCCGCGUCCCAGCGGCAACGUUUAUUACCAGCAUACCCGUUCUGACUCUAACACCAUGGAUGCUGAUCAGCCUCACGUCACUAACGCUGGCUAUAACCCUAUGCUUUCAAGCGUUAAUGCCUUGGACGGCUACCCGCGUCCCAUUGCCUACCAGCAUACGCGUUCUGACUCCAACACAAUGGAUGCUGCUCAGCCUAACGUCAACAACACCGCCGACUACCAGUAUACGUCUCCCAAGUUCAGCGCCUUGGAUGACUCACCUCCCACCACCUCCAAUGGCGAUCGUUAUACGCCUGACCUCAACGUCUUGAACGAAUAUCAAUCCGACGAUACUGGCUUCGGCUAUCAGUACGCGCCAUCAGACUACAAUGCUGUGGAUGCUCAGCAGCCCGACGGCAACAAUCUCGGCUAUCUGCCUACGCUUCCCCGCUCCAACACCUUGGACGCCUACCAGCCCGACGUCACCGACGCUGGAUAUCAGGAUGCGCCGCCCUCCGAGUUCAACGCUAUGAGCACCUAUCAGCCCUACGGCAAUUCUCAAUACGCUCCUUCCGAGUUCGACGCUAUGAACGCCUACCAGCUUCCUCUCUCACAUCAACUGAAGCCUUACGACUACAAGUUCAACACCAUUGAAAGAGUCUACCAGACCCCCGUCGAUGACCAGCAAUCGUCUUCCUUUGGAGGACACAGAUUAAACACCCUUGAAAGAGUCUACCGGCCUCCCGUCAACCAGACUCCCGUCAACCAGACUCCCGUCAACGAGCAACAAUCGUCUUCUCCCGGAGGACACAAAAGACGCAAGUUGGACGGAGAAUCUGGACAAGCUGAGUACCAGCAACUGGAGCCUUCCAAAGAUGAAAGCAAGUGGCCUUUCGUCUUUCAUCUGUGAUAGCUCACGAGGCAAACUGAAUUUGGAGGAACUGUCUUCGAUCUUCGGCGGUAGGCAGCUGCAACGGCCGUGUUGGAUUGUUCCUCAGUAAUCCGACUUCGCUACGCAUCAAGCGCUUUCGAGACCAGCUGAAUUACUGAGAAGUUCUGGGAAAGAUGCUCUUUCUGCGUUCAGACUGGUGGACUGCAUGUACUUUCGAAAGCUGAUUCAUGGAUUUGGCAGCACGCUACUGCUGUUCGGAUGUAGUGAGAAGAAACCCAUAGCUGAAUCAUACUCUUGCAU